AACCUAAGAGGCAACGAAAAUCGCUCGACCUGCUAAAAUUAGAAGCCAAAACGUUCCUCAAAUAUCGCCCCGACUUUGUUAUUAUAAACAAAUAAACAAACAAGCAGGAAAAAAGCCUCAUUGUACAUUUUGUACAUAAAGUCUCUGACACAUAACAAGCCAAAAAUGUUCACGUCUGGAUCGCCUGGGGUUGGUUAAUCGGCAACAAACCCAUUACAACCACCGCCACGACCACCACCACUUCACACAUACAUCAGUACUACCACUAUGACUAUCAGAGCCUAUGGUCAACCCUAUCGUAUUAACCCCACCACCGACUAGUAUUACUACUGUUACUGUUUCCUUAAACAACCACCCCUAUUUCUACUACAAUACUUCUACUACUAUUACUGAACCUAGUAGUAGUAAUAAUAAUAGCUGAAUUAACAUUAUCGCCUUCGUCGCAUCCACCACCACCAUCCACCACCACCACCACCACCAUCACAGUAAAAGCCGUCACACUACUACUACUACUACUACUACUACUGGCUUAGUUAACCAGCAUUACUACAACUUCCUCUAUAAUCUCUACUAACACCGUCACCCUCGCCGCUGUCACAGUUCGGUUCCGCCGCCACAAAAGCCACACCGUUUUUUUUUCUUAGAGCUUCUCCCUUGGUCUCCUUGGACCUGUUAGAAAUAGCAGCCAAAAUUUCUCGCCAAGCAUACACUACCACCUUUUAAAGAAAAAAAUAAAAUAAAAGAAAACAUCAACAACAACAAAAGAAUGACAUUUGUAGCAUGUAAUCGUAAAAUAUGCAGAAAAAAAACUUGAUGGUCAUGGCUGGAAUGCCGUUGAUCAUAAAAAGUCUAGCGCUCAGUGAAGCAACAACAGGGUGCUAACGAACGUCUGUCUUAGACAACAUCAAUUACUAAAACCACUUUUCUACUGCUGCUACCUUACUAAUACAACUAUUACUACUUCUACUACCUCCACCACUGCUGCUGCUGCUACUACUACUACUACUAAUUAUACUACUACUUCUACUGUGCUAUUACCACCAUCACCACCACCUUUUAGUGCUGUCUUCACUUUCCAACCACUUCCUUCAUCACCAUCAGCGCUUCUAUAGUUUGGUUGUAUGUGUAGUGGCGGUGGUGGUGUUGCUGCUUGGUAAACACAGCAGCAGGGCUUUUUUUUUUUAGAUGUUAAGACAAACUAUGUCUUAUCUUGUACCAUGGAUAGGUUGCUGUGUGGAUGGUCGAUUCUGCUGUCUUUACCUGACGCCAGCCAGUUUGAUGGAAGUUAGCUAACAAUGGUGGGUAGCAGGUAUUUUUCGACCUCACCAAAUGGCAAGGCUGUCUUUCAUUCUGAUAUGAAUUUAAACGACGUGUGAGAAAAAAAAGGAAAAAAAAAAACCCUCCCCAAAAAUAAGGGGAAAAUAGGAAAAGAAACGUCCGGCGUUAAAUUAUUUACAAGGAAUAUUUAAACACACAUACACGCACACACACACGCAUAGAUACACACACGCUCGUCUACACAGGAGCAAAGGAAAGGAAAAAAAUAUGUAUGCGUAUUUAACGACAAUGGUAUCUAUACUAUAAAUGAUAGAAAUAAUAAGAGAAGGUCCUAUUUAUUAUUAACGCGACAUGAAUGAAGUUUUAUCUCAUAACUCUGCGUUAUGCGUAAAACGAUUUAUUAUCAACUUUAAUUCACUUAAUCAUCAGAAUAAAAAUCAACACGUCACAGAGCGAAACCAUCGUGGAUUUUGUGAAAAAAUGUUAGCUCGAUAAUAAUAUAUAUUACACUAUUUCUUCUCACUAAAUUACAUCAGGAUUGUGAUAAACCAAACAGAAAGGAAAAAAAAAUCUUAUAACACCUCUUACUCUCUCUCUUUCUCUCUCAUUAUUUCUCUUUCCCUCUCUCUCUCUCUCUCUCUAUCUCUCACCUAUUCUCUAUAUCGACUUGGAGGAGGAUACGAAAAGGUACCACAAGGACUGCUACGGUUUGUUAUAUUUUAUCCCGGUCAGUGUUUGGCUAGAAAGGGAAAAUAUUGAAGGUAGACAGGAUGUCACUAGCUCCGAGUGCUCAGCGGCAACACUGUUACCUGUGUGACUUGCCCCGAUCUCAAUGGGCUAUGCUACAUGAUUUCUCUGAGCAUGUUUGUCGUGGUUGUGUGAACUAUGAAGGCCCUGACCGGAUCGAGAUGGUUAUUGAAUCGGCUCGUCAGAUGAAGAGAGCUUAUGGAUUCCAGGAUGUGAAACCUUACGUGAAGCAACCACCACCUCCUCCUGCAGGGGUUCCACCCAGGAGUUUACAUGACGCACCCCCGACACAUCACGCCAGUAUGGAUUCGCGAAACCACGGUGUUGCCCCACCACCCGGGGCUAUGGAUAGAUACCCACUACAUGACAACCGUGUUGUUGCUAAUAAUCGAAUGAUGGAAUACAAACAGUCACAACAAAGAAUCCCAAACCCUGUCCCUCCUGGUGUUGGAAUUCAUCAUCGGAAUGACCCGGAGAGCGUAGCAGAGAUGCAUCGUGGUAAUUCAGCUGGGUUAGGGGUCCCCAUGAAUUCUCGCAACGGGCAUAUGCCCCCGUCUGGUGUCCCGCCUCAUCAUAUGGGUUUAUCUCACCACACCAAUAUACAAAAUUCGGUGCGAAGUUCAGGUCCAAGCACCGGGCCUAACCAACCGAUUGGAAUAAUGAAUGGUAAGCGUGCUGCUGACCACGAAGAUGAUGACAAUUCUAAUCAUUCCAGUAGCGAUGACAUAAAACGUGGGUCACCGGACUCAGACCCUAACAAUCGGCCUGCUGCCGUCCGUGAAACUAUCUCGGUUUUGUCUACGUGCGUGCCAUUCGAGGUUCGCUUCAAGAAAGAUCACAAAUUAUGUGGACGGGUCUUCAGCUUUGAUGCCAGUUACAAACCAGAAACUUCAUUAUCAGCUGAAGGUGCUGAAUAUGAAUUGAAGAUUUACAUUGAAUAUCCUUCUGGUUCCAAUAAUGUCUACAACAGUGCUUCAGGUGUUGCCAAACAGAUGUACCAAGAUUGUAUGAAAGAUUUUGGCAAGGGCUUGUCAUCAGGUUUCAAAUAUCUCGAAUAUGAAAUGAAACAUGCUUCAGGAGAUUGGCGUCUGCUGGGAGAACUCUUACCUGAAUCCGUUCGAUUUUUCAAAGAACAAAUCAAGAGAGAAACGCUUCCAACGCCGCACAUUGACACCAGUCUGCCACCUUUGCCAACUUACGCAGCUCGUGGACUUCCUCCUCCAAUAAAGCAGUGCAUAUCCAUGCCGACGCAGCGCAUGUAUUCGGAUAACCAAAUACGCAAACGUAAGUGCAGCCCUGAACCCGACAGUGAUAUUGGUGGUAAAUUAACAGAUGAACAGCAUAAACGUCAACAGUGGAUGCAGAACCAGGCUGAGGCCCUGAAACUAACUAUUGCAACUGCUGGCUACGGGUCAGGCCCGCCAAGUUCUACGUCUGUGUCACCAAUGAGCAGCAAUUUAACACCUACACCUCCUGACGGCAACUCAAAUGCCUGCCAAGGGGGUCCGUCUCCAAUGGCUGCACUAAUGAACGUUACUGAUAACUUGACCCCUGCAUCUCCGAGCCGGGGAGAGAACAUUCAGACACGUUCCCACGGUUUGCGUCACAGUGCCCAUUCCCCAAACAGUAAUCUACAGAAGAACCGGCCAAAUCAGGCAGCACCAGUGUCAGACAGUGGUGUUGGCAGCACAAUGCCAGAAUCUACUGUACCAAGCACAGAAUCCCUCAAAUGCACUAUAUGUAACCAACGUCUUGAAGAUACGCAUUUUGUUCAGUGUCCGUCUGUAUCGGAGCACAAAUUCUGUUUCCCUUGCUCUAGAAACAGUAUUAAGGAGCAAGGAGCAGGUUCCGAGGUUUAUUGUCCCAGUAAAAAUAAAUGUCCAUUGGUUGGAUCCAAUGUCCCUUGGGCUUUCAUGCAGAAUGAAAUUGCCACAAUUUUAGGGGAAGAAUACAAGGAACUAAAAAUUAAAAAAGAGAGGGACACGUAAUGGCUGAGAGAGGACGGAGAAAAAGAAACAGCGAAAAUCUUUAAAAAAAAACAAAAAAAAAAUUUUAAAAAGAAAAAAAUUUUAAAAAGCAGGAAAGCAAAGAAAUAACAACACGAUAAUAAUAAUAAUAAUCAUAAUAAUAAUGAUAAUAAAAACAACAAAAAAUAAUAACAACAACAAAAUAAACCAAACCACUGUGACAUAUUUAAAUAGUUUUAAGUUGAAACAUUAAUGAAAAGAAAUGUCAAACUGUUUUUAAAAGUGUAGAUUUCAUAGGAUGCUUCUUACUUACGACUUGUUGCCAACACUUGCUUUUGACUCCCAUCUACCAGAGAAUAAAUAAUAAAACAGACCUGAAAAAUAUCAAUGAAUGGAGAAAUUCUGCUCAUUUUUAAAAGUUGGCACAUUUUUUUCACCUCAUCCUUUCACCCGCAAAUGCCCACUCCUCCA